ACCAGCUGAUGGAGCAGAUUGAGAAGAUUGUUGAUGAAACCAGAGGAACCUUCCUCACCUUCACUGAAGAGACCAUCAAACCAAAGUUAAACCUGGUUCUGUGUGGGAGGAGAGGAGCAGGGAAGACUUCGGCAGUCAAGGCCAUUUUAGGUCAGACAGAGCUUCAUUCAGUCUCCAACUCAUCAGAGUGUGUUCAGAAUCAGGGAGAGGUGUGUGGACGUUGGGUUUCCCUGGUGGAGCUGCCUGCCUUGGAUGGAAAACCUCAGGAGGCAGUGAUGGAGGAAUCAUUGAGGUGUAUCUCCCUCUGUGAUCCUGAGGGCGUCCAUGCCUUCAUCCUGGUCCUACCUGUGGCUCCCCUCACUGAUGAAGACAAGGGAGAGUUAGAGAUCAUCCAGAACACAUUCAGCUCUCGAGUCAAUGACUUCACCAUCAUUCUGUUCACUUUGGAGUCAGAUCCAACUCAUCCAGCUGUUGUUAACUUUGUAGAAGGAGACAGAGACAUCCAGGAGAUCUGUCAACGUUUUGGAGGAAGAUCUUUUGUUCUCAACAUCAAGAACAAACAGCAGAUCCCACAACUGUUGGAGACUGUAGUAAAAGUUAGACUCUCCAAUGAUGAACCAAGCUGCUACACAACAGGAACAUUUGCUCAGGCUCAGAUGGAGAAAGUCUUACAACAACAGGAUGAACUUGAGAAGCUGAAAAAGACCAAAGUCACCUCUGCAGGUGAUGAAGAGAAGCAGAGUCCAGAGCGUCUCAGGAUUGUGUUGAUAGGGAAGACUGGAAAUGGAAAGAGUUCUUCAGGAAACACCAUUCUAGGAAGAAAAGAGUUUAAAGCUGAAUCAAGUCACCAAACUUUACAUAAAGCUCAGGGUGAGGUGGACGGUCGUCCUGUUGUUGUAGUGGACACUCCUGGUCUGUUUGACUCAACUUUGUCCCAUGAAGACGUCAAUGAGGAGAUGGUGAAAUGUAUCAGUCUUCUGGCUCCAGGACCACAUGUCUUCUUGUUGGUGUUACAGAUUGGAAGAUUAACUCCAGAGGAGAAGGAGACACUGAAACUCAUCAAGGAAGCAUUUGGAAAGAAUUCAGAAAAGUUCACCAUCAUUCUUCUAACUAGAGGAGAUUUCUUGAAACAACAUAAACUGUCCAUUGAAGAAUACAUAGAAACAAUAUUUGAUAAUUCAUUUAAGAAGCUGAUCUUUGACUGUGGAGGAAGAUACCAUGUGUUCAAUAACCGUGAUGAAAACAACCAGCAACAAGUCAGAGAGCUGAUGACAAAGAUUGACACCAUGGUGAAGGAAAAUGGAGGCAGCUGCUUCACCAAUGAGAUGCUGCAAGAGGCUGAAGCAGCAAUAAAGAAAGAAAUGGAGAGAAUCCUGAAGGAGAAGGAGGAAGAGAUGAAGACAGAGAGAGAAGAACUCGAAAGGAAAUAUGAGGAAGAAAUGGAGGAAAUAAAUAGAAGAGUGGAACAAGAGAAACAAGAAAUGGAGGAAAAAAUCAAGAAGGAACGAGAAGACAUAAAGAAAGAACAGGAGAAGAGAGAAGAAGAAGAAAUUAAAUAG